AUGAAUAGUAAUGAACUGGUUCUAAGAAAUAAAUAUUUUUAUGAAAUAUUCGGUAAAAAAAGAAAAUCAGAUACUUCUACUCCUACCCAGCUGUCCCCCACCGUUAAAGCCCAGACAACGAUAAAUGACUUUUCUAUCGAUGACGAUGAAGAUGAAGGUAGGAGUGAAGAUGAAAAUAAGGUUCUAAUGGAUGAUAGUAGACUAGGACAUGACGCCAGCGCACAGUAUAGGGUAAUACCGAACUGUUCAUCUCACCAAUUAAAGGCAUCUCCGGUUCUACGUGUUUCAACAAAUCUUAAUUCAAGUGUACAAUCCUUCGCAGGCGACCUAAUUUCACCUACCAAUAAAAAAACUUCAAUAAGUGAUCCGAAGAGACAAGAUAAAAUAAACAUUUCUACCACAACUCCAUCACCUUCUCAAAAAAGGCCGAAUGUCUUACUUCCCUACAUAAGAAAACAUUCAUCCCCUUCAUUAUUAUCAUUUUCCAAAAAUAGUGGCAAUCAUACAGGAGAUCCUAACCAAUCAUCCACACCUCCAACUCCCAAAAGUGCAGGUCACACAACGGAGUCACACAAUUCAUUCCACGGAAAACAUAGUUCUUCUAGCACCUCUUCUUUAUUUGCAUUAGAGUCACUGAAAAACAAAAAUAGACGCUCAUCAAACUCUUCCAAUCAUUCUAAUCAAUAUCGACGCCAUACCAACCAACAUCAUCGUCAUCAUUCAAGAUCCAAAUCAAGCCCUGUCUCUCUGACGGAAAUAUCUAUGAUCAAGGGCACCCCUUUGGUUUACCCUGCACUUUUAUCGCUAAUAGCAAUUAAGUUUAAACAGACUAUCCAAUUGGGCACGCAUAAAAAGAUGGGAUUACUUUAUAGAGACUCUUUUACAGGAAAACAAGCAAUCGACACUUUAUGCUUAAUUAUAGGAACCUUAGAUCGCAAUUUGGGGUUGUUGAUCGGAAAAUCGUUAGAAGCUCAAAAACUGUUUCAUGACGUGCUUUAUGACCACUGCGUAAGAGAUUCUGUAUUGGAGGUUUACGAGUUAUCUUCAGAAUCAAUUUUCAUGGCUCAUCAGUCACAAAGUUCUACUUCGAUUGCCAACACAUUUUCUUCAUCAUCCUCUUCACUUAACUCAGUUGGUACUAAAACUGAAAUAAAUGGUGUUUUUGUCCCGCUGUCGCAUUGUUAUUCCUCUACAUGUUCUUUGGAAAAACUUUGCUAUUCUAUCUCUUGUCCCAAUCGUUUGCAACAACAGGCCAAUCUACAUUUAAAAUUAGGUGGCGGCCUUAAGAGAAAUAUCUCAUUGGCGCUUGAUAGGGACGAUGAUGAACGAAUUUCUUGGACGAAUUCCGUACCAAAGAGCGUAUGGGAAUCGUUACCCAAACAACAAAUCAAAAGGCAGGAAGCAAUAUAUGAGUUGUUUACUACAGAAAAGAAGUUUGUUAAAUCUUUGGAGAUCAUCCGAGACACUUUUAUAAAGAAAUUAUUAGAAACGAAUAUUAUUCCAUCUGACGUAAGGAUGAAUUUUGUAAAGCACGUUUUUGCACAUGUUAAUGAAAUUUACUCUGUCAAUAGAGAAUUUUUAAAAGCCUUAGCACAAAGGCAAUCAUUAAGUCCAAUUUGUCCUGGAGUUGCAGAUAUAUUUUUGCAAUAUCUUCCUUUUUUUGAUCCUUUCCUGUCCUACAUAGCAUCAAGACCAUACGCCAAAUACCUAAUUGAAACCCAAAGAUCAGUUAAUCCCAAUUUUGCACGUUUUGACGAUGAAGUGUCCAAUUCUUCCCUGAGGCAUGGAAUCGAUUCAUUCCUAUCUCAGGGUGUUUCAAGACCUGGUAGAUAUUCACUGUUAGUAAGAGAGAUAAGACAUUUCUCGGACCCAGUGGCAGACAAAGACGAUCUACAAAUGCUAAUGAAAGUUCAAGACCUUUUAAAGGAUUUGAUGAAAAGGAUUGAUAGAGCAAGUGGUGCGGCACAAGAUCGUUAUGAUGUUAAAGUGCUAAAGCAGAAAAUUCUGUUCAAAAACGAAUAUGUUAAUCUGAGUUUGAAUAAUGAAAAAAGGAAAAUCAAGCAUGAGGGUUUACUUUCGAGAAAGGACGUAAAUAAAAUAGAUGCAUCUUUUUCGGGAGACAUUCAAUUUUACCUACUCGACAAUAUGCUAUUGUUUUUAAAAUCAAAGGCAGUAAACAAGUGGCAUCAACACACUGUAUUCCAAAGACCUAUUCCAUUACCCCUACUGUUUAUUUGUCCGGCUGAGGAUAUGCCGCCCAUAAAAAGAUACGUGACGGAAAAUCCGAAUUGUUCAGCGGGCGUGCUUUUGCCGCAAUAUCAAACAAGCAAUCUCAAAAAUUCCAUUGUAUUCUCUUACUAUGGCACGAAACAACAAUACCAAGUUACUUUGUAUGCCCCGCAGGUGGCCGGCUUACAAACAUUAAUUGAGAAGGUGAAACAAGAGCAAAAGAGAUUUCUUGAUGAAACUAAACAUAUUACUUUUAGGCAAAUGACAGGCCAAUUUUUUCACUCAUACGUAAAUACUAAUCGCAUUAACGAUGUCUUAGUAUGCUUCGCGAGUCAAAUCUUAUUAGUUGCAACAAACAUGGGGCUCUUUGUUGUUAAUUAUGCUAUAUCGAUCAGUCAAAAACCAGUGCAUCUUCUGCACAAAAUUUCAAUUUCACAGAUAUCUGUAUUGGAAGAAUAUAAAAUUAUGAUUCUUUUAAUCGAUAAAAAACUGUAUGGUUGCCCUUUAGACAUAAUAAAUGAUGCAGAAAAUGCUGAUUUCCUUUUUAGAAAAAAAUCCAAAGUGUUACUCAAAUAUGUUGCAAUGUUCAGAGACGGUUUUUGUAAUGGUAAAAAAAUCAUUAUGAUUGCACAUCAUUUUUUGCACACAGUAAAACUAUUAAUUGUGAGUCCUUUGAUAUUUGAUUUUAAUAGCGGGAAUUUUAAGAAAAACCUAAAGGCAGGCUUGGUAGAUUUUAGCGUCGAUUCUGAACCUUUGUCCUUUUCAUUUUUAGAGAGUAAAAUUUGCAUUGGCUGUAAAAAAAACAUCAAAAUAUUAAAUAUACCGGAAUUAUGUGAUAAAGACGGAUUCAAAAUGAGGGAACUGUUAAAUCUACAUGAUGACAAAGUUUUAGCGAGCAUGUAUAAAGAAACUUUCAAAGUGGUUUCCAUAUUUCCGGUAAAGAAUCUACAUUUUAUAUGUUUCCCAGAACUUGGCUUUUUCCUCAAUAAGCAGGGAAAGAGGGAGGAAACAAAAGGAAUUUUUCAUUGGGAGGGUGAAGCAGAGCAGUUUGCAUGUUCCUACCCUUACAUUGUGGCGAUUAAUAGUAACUUUAUUGAAAUUAGAGAUAUAGAAAAUGGAGAACUUGUCCGUUGUGUACUUGGAAACAAGAUACGUAUGCUAAAAUCCUAUACCAAGAAGAUUUUAUAUAGUUAUGAGGACGCUCAAGGAUUUGAGAUCAUUGAAUUGCUAAAUUUUUGA